UUUUUUCUUUGCAAAAAAAGGAUAUUUGUCUUUAAUCAACAUCAAUUACCAGCAGUGAGGAUGGGAGAUUCUGGCGAGAAAAGUGCCAGAUUUAUCUAUUUUGCUGCAUGGGCAGCUUCACUAACUGCCUUUGCCACUGGUACGUGCUUUUCAUGGACCUCACCAAUACUACCAAAACUCCAAUCACCAGAUUCAGACUUGAACCCACUUGGUGAGCCUGUGAGCAGAUCAGAAUCAGCAUGGAUAGUGGCAGCUAUGGGCUUAGGAUUAAUAUUCGGACCAGCUUUAAUAAUCCUAUCACUUAAAUUUUCUACCAAAAAAUACUCAUUGCUCCUAUCAAUAGCACCAAUAUUUGUAGCGCAUGCCACGCUGUUGAUAACAUAUCAACCAAAAAUGAUUAUUUUAGCAAGAUUUUUUAUGGGUGUGGGUACUGGAGCUGUUUGGUCAGUCCUUGGAAGCUUUAUUGCUGAAAUUUCUGAAGACAAAAAUCGAGGACUACUAGGCAGCAUUUCUGGUAUAAUGAUAAAUCUUGGAGGCUUGUUGGCUUCUGUUGUUGGACCUGUGCUACAUAUAAGAUACUUCAGCUUGGUGCAUUUGGUUCCACUAAUAUUAUUUUAUAUAUUAUUUGGCUUUUUCGUUCCUGACAGUCCGUAUGAUUUGCUUGUUGGAAAUAGACAUGAAGAAGCUGAAAUUAGUUUGAAGAAAUUAAGGGGCAGUAACAAUGUUGAGAAGGAAUUAGCAUUUAUGAAAGAUACUGUUGAUACUAAAGGUGAAGACAAAGUAACUUUAUCUGUCUUUCUUAAUGAUCGUGGAUUACGUAAGGGUCUUAUGAUUUGCAUAGCUCUGAUGCUCUUUCAACAAUUUUCAGGAAUUGUGGCUGUGAUAUGUUAUGCCGAAACCAUUUUCAAUCUUGCGAGUGGUUUUAUUCGCCCAGCGCAUUCUGUUAUUGUAUUGAAUUUAUUUGGACUUGUGGGAACUAUUACAAACACAUUUUUAGUUGAUAGAAUGGGUAGGAAAAUGCUGUUAACUAGCUCUUGUAUCGUAGAAGCAAUUUCCCUAUUCAGUUUAGGAGCAUACUUUUACCUGCUCAAAGCUGGAGUGAAUGUAUCAGCUUUUUCAUGGGUACCUCUUGCAAGUCUUAUGAUCUUUAUCGCUUUCUUCAAUAUUGCUUUGGGAAUUAUCCCAUGGAUAGUAGCUGGAGAACUAUUUCAUACCAGCGUGAAAGCCAUUGCUUCAACUGCAAUAUCACUAUCAAAUUUCAUAUUCACGUUCCUUAUCACAAUGUGCUUUCCUUACAUGGUAGAAUAUCUGGGCAUGAGCUGGGCAUUUUGGACAUUUGCCAUGAUUAUGGUUGUUGGGGCGAUAUUUUGUGUAUUGGUAUUGCCCGAGACGAAAGGUAAAAAUUUCCAGGACAUACAAAAGUUGUUGAACAAAUGAGCUACCAGGCUUUUCCAAUGCCAGGUCGAACAAAAUGUGAUAUUUUAAUAAUAAGUUGGUUAUCGAUAAUUGCGAAUGUUUUUUAUUUUUGGUAUAAUAUAUCGAUAAUGAUUUAAA